CAGAAAGCCUCUCUCCCCCCUUGGCCACGAUCUCGUCGCUUUCUUGACCCUGAUGACCUUUUACGGGGGCCCUCUUGCGUGUGUGUGUGCGUGUGUGUAUUGUGCCGGUGCUUUCCCUGUUUCAUAAACGUACAGAAACAGGCAACGGCACAGAGCGUGUUGUCCGGAUCUUUUUACAAUUCUACGAACCGACAGACGGUCUCGGCUGCUAUCCCCAAAGCCGGACUUGCUAUGCUAUCCUAUCCGACCCCUUGAAAGAAACCAGCGGUCCAUGUUCUUCUACCAAAUCCAUGUUUUUGACUAGCCACCGCCUGCCUAUCACCCUGGCUGCCUAUCUUUUCCCUCGAGAAGCUCAAGUAGCCAGGCCUAACGCCCCCCGUCAAUGCUUGCUUCUGGCCCUUGUGAAGAGAGAGAGAGACCUGCUGGAUCACUUGCUUUACCCGUCCCAGCACAUCGAUUGUGCGAAUCUCGGCUUCGAUACUACAAAUCACAGAUGCUUUUUUUCCGACUACUAGCGUAGUGUGUUG